AUGGAUUCAUUAGGUUCAUGUUCUGAUCCAAAUCCGUUUGGCGUUUUCGACAUGCCCGAGAUUCCAUCCUUAAAGGGACAUUCUGAUGAAGAGGUUAUUUUGGCGUCGAAUCGGCCCAAGAAACGUGCUGGGAGGAAGAAGUUCAAGGAAACGCGCCACCCGAUUUAUCGAGGCAUUAGGCAGAGGAAUUCAGACAAAUGGGUAUGCGAGUUACGCGAACCGAGCAAUCAGAAAAGGAUAUGGCUAGGAACUUAUCCUACUGCAGAAAUGGCCGCACGUGCUCACGAUGUUGCUGCAUUAGCAUUCAGAGGUCAGUUGGCAUGCCUGAAUUUCGCCGAUUCUGUCUGGUGCUUGCCCGUGCCGGUGUCUAAAGAUGUUAAGGAUAUUCAGAAGGCUGCAUUAGAGGCGGCAGAACUUUUUAGGCCGUCGGAGGAGGGUGGCAGGACAAAAUUGCAAGAAAAUGUGAUGGAUUCUGAGGGGGUUUCAAGUGGCAAUUUGACAACAUUGGACACAACAAAAACAUUAUCCGAUUGUGAUAAUUUUUACAUGAAUGAGGAUUCAGAGGCAAAUAAGGAAGGAAUUUUGCUGUCACCACCACCUUGUUUCGACCACAGUUUCAGCUGGGAUGAUUUGGAAAGUGAUGGUGCUGAGAUGGUGCUUUGGAGCUAUUCUAUUUGA